AUGAGCCGGUCACGGCACGUGGGCAAGAUCCGGAAGCGUCUGGAAGAUGCCAAGAGCCAGUGGGUCCGGCUGGCCAGGGCCGACUUCAGCGACAAUGAGAGUGCCCGGCUGGCUACAGAUGCCCUCUUGGACGGGGGUCCCGAGGCUUACUGGCGGGUGCUGAGCCAGGAAGGCGAGGUGGACUUCUUGUCCUCGGUGGAGGCCCAGUACAUCCAGGCCCAGGCCAAGGAGCCCCCCUGUGCCCCCGAUCCUGCAGGAGGGGCCGAGGCAGGCCCCAGGGGCCUGGACUCCUGCUCACUGCCGUCAGACACCUACUUCCCCGUGGCCUCGGAGAGCAGCGAGCCGGCCCUGCUGCACACGUGGGCCUCAGCCGAGAAGCCCUACCUGCAGGAGAAGUCCAGCGCCACCGUGUACUUCCAGACGGACAAGCACAACAACCUGCGAGACCUGGUUCGCCGCUGCAUCGCCCGGAGCAGCCAGGUGCUGGCCAUCCUGAUGGACGUCUUCACCGACGUGGAGAUCUUCUGUGACCUUCUAGAGGCGGCCCUCAAGCGCGGGGUGUUCGUCUGUGUGCUCCUGGACCAGGGGGGCGUGGCGCUGUUCCAGGAGAUGUGCGACAAAGUGCAGAUCUCUGACGGCCACCUCAAGAACAUGUGUGUCCGGAGCGUGCAAGGGGAGGUGUACUGCGCCAAGUCGGGCAGGAAGUUCGCCGGGCAGAUCCAGGAGAAGUUCAUCAUCUCGGACUGGAGACUGGUCCUGGCUGGAUCGUACAGCUUCACCUGGCUCUGCGGACAUGUCCACCGGAACAUUCUGUCCAAGUUCACGGGCCAGGCAGUGGAGCCGUUUGACGAGGAGUUCCGCCACCUCUACGCCUCCUCCAAGCCCGUGAUGGGCCCCAAGUCCCCCAGGCCGGCGGCCCCCCUGCAGCCUAGAGCCGGCCCCAGCCCUCCCCGCGGCGGCCUCAGUAGCAGCAGCAGCUCCACCAGCGACCGCACAGCCUCCGACCCCUUCAGCAGCCCCUCGACGGGCAGCAACCCCCAGAACCAGAGCCUGGCCGCGUCCUCGGGGCCUGCCAGUCCCCUGGUCCCCAGCCCCGCCCCGCCCCCCAGGUUUCAGCCCUACCACAGCCCCUGGGGGGCCUCGUUCUCCCCCAGGCCUCACGACGGGCCGCCUGCUCUCUACAGCAACCUCAAUGUGUACAGACCCACGCGGCUGCAGCUCGAGCAGCUGGGCCUGGUGCCCAGGGUGGCCCACGCCUGGAGGCCCUUCCUUCAGGCCACGCCUCACUUCUGA